AUGAUAAGAUUGUUUUUUAUUUUUGUGUUGAUAACUUUGGCGUUAUCAAUAUGUCCACCAAAUGAUAUUGAAGGAACAGAAUAUGUUUUGACUGAAAAUGAUGUGUGUGAAUAUGUAGAAUCAUUAACAAUCACAUUAAGUAAGUUACAAAUGACUACUGGCUCGACUUUAAAAACAGAAAAGAAUUUGGAACUUGUAGGAACACAAAUUACACUCAAAUCAAAUUGCAAUUUAAAUGUUUCUGAAUUGUUUAAAUUGGAAUAUGAAAGUACGUGUAAUGCGACUGGUAAUUCAAUUAUAAAUACCAAUCAAAUGGAAAUUAGUUCAUCUACAAUAGAUCUUACAGAUAAUUCAAUAAUAAAUACCAAUCAAUUGGAAUUAAGUUCAUCAACAAUAAUAAAUCUUUCUGGAUAUUCCACUCUAAAUUCUGUUGAAAAUUUGAUUUUUGACAAUUCUUAUUUUAAUCUUUCUGAAAAUGCCCGCCUUUUAGUGGAAGGUAAUAUAUCUUUGAGUAGUAGUACAUCUCCAAAUACACUUUCAGGAAAAUCAAGACUUGUUUGUCAUAAUUUGGUUUCCCAAACUGCUAGCAGUCAAAUUUCAAUCAAUGAAAAUUCAUACAUUGAGUUGCUUGGUUCUUUUAUUUUCAAAUUGUCUCGAAAUAAUCUUCAGAUGUCGAGUUCAACACAACGAAUUAAUUUUGUAUCAAAAUCGUUUGAAUUGACAAGAGAAUUUGUUGCUGAUAAUCGAAGUACAAUUCAAACAAAAAAUCUCAUUUUAACUUUGACAAACACAUUUAAAGUCUCCACAGAUAGAACAAUCAAAGAUCUUCCACUCUUUUUUGUAUCGAACACAACAUCAAUAACUGGGUUUAGUGGUUUUACACACGAUGGCGAUUUCGACUUUUUGUAUUCAAACAACACACUUGACACGACAUUGUACACAACCCCAUUCAAAGUACUUUUAGAAGGUCACCUAUUACGGUAUGGUGCUUCAGAUAAGAUAUAUUGUCAUGUAAACCACACGGAAGACACACGACAUCCAUAUUACAUCGAAAAGUAUUGCUUACUUACCGAUGCAUACAUCACACCAAUUGAUACCUUUUAUCAAAUGAAAGUCAAAGUAGGUGUGCCAAAACAGAAUUUAAAUGUAAAAAAUGAAGAAAACGAAGAUGUAAUUGUAAUUGGAAGCCAAAAAUAUGAUUUGUCACUCACCGAUUUUAUUGAGAUUGAGAUGGAGUCUGACAAUUUAGUGGUUUUAGAUAAUUUUACAAUCACAAAAAAUGUAUUUCUUGUUGCGGCAAAUGGGUUUGUAUACAACAACACAUCGUGCAACUCGGGGUACUUCCAAAACGGCAUAUUCAUCUGUCAAAAUCAUUUACCAUGUUCUGAGGGUGGUAAAACGGCUGAUGGAAGAUGUGCAGCAUGUCAAGUCACUUAUUGUGUGAUGUGUGAUGGUGACAAAGGCAAUUGUAUAAAAUGCAACGAGAAUUUGACAUACAAUACCAAAUCAAACACGUGUGAAGAAUACACAAACUGUCUUUCAUUUACAGAAGACAAGUGUCUUCGAUGUAACGAUGGCUUUGUAUUUGAAGGUAACAAUUGUGUUGAUAUCACUGAAGACAACGGAAAUUGCCAGAUAAAAGUCGGCGUUCCAUCAGAGUGCAGAUUGUGUGAUUUAACAAACAUAACAUUAAUCAACACUAAUGGAGUAUGCAGUGUUGUAGACAGCAAUGUUGUUGUUCACAGUCUUUCAAAUGUUGUUGAAUGCAAAGAUGGGUUUUAUGUACAAAACAACAAAUGUAACGACUGCACAAUUAACAACGAAGGAAGUUUGUUGUGUUCAUUCAAAACCACUGAGAAGUGUGAUAAGAUGUAUUACGUGAAAGAAGAUGGCAGUGUUUGUGUCAAAAACGAGUGUUCAGAUGGAAUAAACAAUGAAGAGAACGGGAAGUGUGCGCCACAAAUAGACAACUGCGUGAAGUACGUGAAUGGCAGGUGUGUCGAAUGUUCUUCAAAGUACUCAUAUGAUGGCGAUGUUAGUUGUGUUGAUCAAACAAAAGUUGAUGUGAACUGUGGAACAGCAACUCCGGUUGGGUGUAUCAGAUGUGAUGGAAAUACAUUUUUGAAUGUAAUGACACACAAAUGUGAGACGUGCAACUCAAAUUGUGAAAGUUGUUUGGAUACGACGAUGUGCCUGUCAUGUGUAGAUGGGUACUUUUUGAGUGACCACAUCUGCAAAUCGAAUGACGCUUUGAAUGACACUUGUGCACGAAAGGUGCCAAAUGGGAAUGGCUGUUUGGAGUGCAAAAUUGGGUAUUACAAGAAGGGAGCAGAUUGUGCGCAAUGUGAUGUCAAAUGUGGCGAGUGUCUGACAGAGAAUUCGUGUAUUAAAUGUAAUGCAACAAACUACAAAACGAGUAAUGGUGAUUGUCUUCCGCGCUCUUCAAUAUCGACGUGUGCAGUUGAAGUGACUGAAAGUGGCUGUUCAACGUGUAAAGACGGGUAUUACACUGUCAAUGGAAAUGAGUGUCAGAAGUGUGUUGAAGGGUGUACAAAGUGUUUAGAACAAAAUCGGUGCACAUCAUGUGAUGAUACAUAUGUACUCAAAAGCACCAGUUGUGUGCGUUAUAACACCAUCACAAAGUGCACAAAAACAAAAGACUCAAAAUGUUCUUCAUGUACAUUUUGGUAUUCACCAAGUGACGAUGGCACAUAUUGUUCAAAAACGGCUGUGUGGUGGGUGAUACUUCUUAUAGUUGUUGUUAUCAUCGCCAUUCUUGUGUUGGUCACAGUGUUGGUUUUCUUUGUAAUGGUUAAAGUAAUUAAGAACAAAAGAGAUACCAGUGGACUCACACUCUUCAAAUUAAAGCACACAAAUAUGAUUUUCGUUAAAAUGGCAGACGGUCUGACAAUUCACACCAGAAAUGAAGAAUUUGUGAUCACCGAUGAUGACCAAGACUAUGAGGAAAUUGAUGUUAACAAAGAAAUUAAAAAUCUGUUUUCGAUUGGAAACACAACAAACCACAAAGUGAAGAUUCAGUUCACUUCUAAAAACGAUAUUGAAAAAUACACAAUCCGUUUUGAACCUUCAAUUGCAACAAUUCCACCAAAGUUCGCAUGUGAAUUUAGUCUAUUUCUUAAUCCAUUGUGUACAUCGACAAUAGACAGUACUUUUGUUGUUAGUUAUCUCUUUACUACAAGUGAUGGUAUAUCGUGUGCACAUCAUGUUAAUUUUAAAUACACCACCAAACUAUCAACACGACUUGAUCCAGACGAGUUGGUUGAAGAGAAGAAACUCGGAGAAGGUUCUUUUGGAAUUGUGUUUAAAGGUAUUUUCAGAGGAAAUAUCGUUGCUAUCAAAAAGAUGAAAAAUUUAGUCAAUUCUUCACAUCAAAUGGAAGAAUUUGAGAAUGAAGUUUUAAUGUUAGACAAGUUCAGAAGUGAAUUUAUCGUUUACUUUUAUGGCGCUGUAUUCAUACCAAACAAGAUAUGUUUAGUCACCGAAUUUGCACAAUAUGGAAGUUUACAAGAUUUAAUGAAAAAUAAAAAGAGUGAAAUUAUUAAUAUAAAACUUCGUGUUAAAUUCAUUUUAGACGCUUCAAAGGGAAUUUUAUAUCUUCACGAGAAUGGGAUGCUACACAGAGACAUCAAACCAGACAACAUCCUCGUGUUGUCAUUGGAUUUGAAUGGAAUUGUGAAUGCAAAGUUGACUGAUUUUGGAAGUGCUAGAAAUGUCAAUUUAUUGAUGACUAAUAUGACCUUCACAAAAGGAAUUGGAACACCAAUUUAUAUGGCACCUGAAGUGUUGAAACAGGAAAAAUACACGAAAAGUGCGGACGUGUAUUCAUUUGCAAUAACCAUGUUUGAGUGUUUUUCUUGGGAAGAGGCAUAUCCUAUCACCACAUUCAAAUUUCCUUGGAAAAUUGCAGAGUUUGUUUCAUCUGGAAAGCGUCCUGAUAAAAGUGAAACAAUCCCAAUUGUGUUGUAUGAAUUGAUACAAAAUUGUUGGGGACAGAAACAAAAAGAGCGAUAUGAUAUUCAUCGCAUCGAAGAACAGUUGCAAUUUCUGUUUAAUCAACAAUAA